AUGUCCCCGUCGCCAGCUGACAGGGUUGCGCAGAAUGGCUUACUACACAGCAAAGAGGGUCAGGCCGCCCAGGUGGCUCAGGCCGGCUUUCGCAAGGCUGUUGGGCACCGGUUCGACAUUCACGAGGCGGUGGCAACUGCCUCGCCGUAUUCUGUUUCAGUGUUAGCCUAUGGGGCGGGUUUUCUCUACCGUCAGGGCGUACUCUGUUAUCGCGUGCGCCAGGAGAUCCGGGUUCUGGACGUCCAUGGUGUCGCCCGCCAGGAACGCGUGCUGAACUUGCGGGAUGUGAUUCCCCGCCUCCUGGGUCCGGUUUCGGUGGCAGAGACACAAGUCUCGCUGCUCCACUAUAACGAUGGAAUCCUGGCCUUCCGAUUGCACGGAGCCGCAUCGGAUGACUCGCUGGUGGUUAUCGAUCUCGGACGCCGUGCAGACAACAAUACAAAGCGCCGACGGCUGUUGUUUCACCGACGUGUGCCUCCGUCCAUACCAAUCGUGGUGCGUCACAGUCGGUCGUAUCUCUGGUAUGGAAUGUUCACGGCGAUGGGCAGCUCGGAAGGUGUCUGGUCCAUUGUUGGGAUGAACUUGGCGACAAUGAACAAGACCGAGUGUGCCCUUCCGGGCGUCAUGGCCGGGGAUCUCGGCCAGACGCUGUGUUUCGAGAUGUACCAAGAUCACCUCUACGCGGUCUCAACCCAAACCCAGCUGGAUGACGAGGAGGACUUCUCAUCUUUCUACUAUUGGAUCUGCCUCACACCAGGCCAUCAGGGCCGCCCGUGGCAUGGCCGUCUCUGGCGCCGCGAGCACCGCGAAGGCCCGAUCAACGAAAUGUGGACUGAUCUCUCGGUGCGCACCGACGAGACGACCGGCCGGCCGGUCAUCCUUGAGUGCCGCCGUGAGUGGCGGGAUGGCAAGAGCGAGAAUCAUCGCACUUACUACACACAGUCUCUUCCUAGUCCCUCCGAAGCGCUGGUCAGCCUCCCUCAGGGCUUUUGCACAGCCUCCUCGGACACCUCAGACUCCGACAACUUCGAUGACCCACUUCUCAAACCCUUUGCUGUCAACCCCCAGCCAAACGACCACAGGCCCGAAAAGCGGCUACGCCAACAUUAUCAUCCCGAAUACGAGCCAGGCUCGAACCCUGCGAAGCGACAUGACUUUAUUGCCGCUCGCACAAAAUACCGUGGCUACCAUCUCGCCGGAGCUACCUUUGUAGACUUGGUCAACGACCCAGCACCACACGCUGAUGGCGUGCGGCCGCGCGAUAGGCUGCGGUUGCGGACCGUCUCUCGGAAGCGUAGGUGUCCGGUUGAUGAGCUUGGCGAGGAGGGGCCUCAGGGCUUGCUGUUCCAGCCAACGCACACCAACGCAGACGGCCGUCCUGUCGACGGCUCUGAAAAGAGGUAUAUCUCUCGUGGCAUACACCUGUGGCCUGCCGAUGACGCGCCGGCUGCGCUACAGCAGCUCCUCUGUCCCAACCAUAAUGCUGGCUCGGUGCGGGCCGUCUCUGAUGACCGCUCACUACUCUACUCUGUCUCCUGUGAGGGAUUGCCGCCAGACCACCAAGCCCUAAUUCUCAUCAGUUUCGACCCAUCUAUUCGCUUCCCCACUCUGACCUCUCUCCGCACCCUCCAAACACCUCCGUUUGGACCCCUCUGUGCUGUAGAACCGCCUCAGUCACCACAGUCCACUUCCUCUGGUGUGCAUGAAGCACCGGCUAUGUACCUUGCUCUUCGCCGGGGAUAUUGGCUGCGUUGA